UUGAAAAGUUUAGUAUUCACAAUUAUCUCAUCAAGUUAACACACAUCAAAUAAACUUCGCUGGCGGUACAAACAUGUUAAAGCUCCGUCGGAAUAUAUUACCCAAGCGGGUGGUUGACAUUGCAUGUUUUCUUUUAAUAUUUAUAUUUACACCAAUAACUUAUAUCUUCGAGAUGACAAUUGUCUUGCCGGUUUUUCAUGAAUUUGGUGGAUUUUUUCAUACUUUUACAAUGAUAGCAGCAUUGUUUUUAAUAUUUCAAAUAAAAGGCAAUAUGAUUGCUUGUAUGAUGGUUGACACAAGUGUGGAUUCUAUCACAACAAAACCACCUACCGAUAGUGAUAAACUUAAAUUAUGGCAUAAUUGUGAUAAGUGUGAUAAACUAGUUCCUCCACGAUCAUGGCAUUGCAAGGUGUGUCAGAAUUGUAUUAUCAAACGGGAUCAUCAUUGCCUUUUCACUGGAUGCUGUAUCGGUCAUCGAAAUCACAGAUAUUUUAUGUUAUUUGUUGUGUACCUUUUAAUUGGUUCCACAUACGCCCUAGUGUACAAUAGUUUGUACUUGUGGUAUGUUAAAGCAGCUCUCUACAGAAAUUGGCUAACAGUAUUAAGAAUGACUUGUCCAUUGCUAAUGUUUGUCAUGGGAUCAUUUCGUAGUAACUUGACCUUGAUCAUUUACAAUUUGAAUAUUCUGGCAUUUGUUUACUCGCUGCUGUUGUUUGUUUAUCAUGGAAGUAUUAUUUGGCAAGGCGGAGUAUGUCACGAACGUGGAAAGUACAAAUACAAUUUAGGUUGGCGGGAAAAUUUAAAAUUAGUUUUUGGGAAUAAUAUGGCAAGGGUUUGGAUGUCACCGCUUAUAAAAAGUGAUUUGCCACAUAAUGGAUUAGAAUGGCAAGUGCCGAAUGAUGGAAAGAAUAAAUAAAAAUCGUUGUCUCAUAAAA